AUCCCUGCUACUAAUCAUUUCUGGUCAAUCCUCAUUGAGACAUCACAACUCCAUACGGAGAGAGAAUCUCAUAUUUAACCCUAGUCCGUUAUAUCCAAAUACCUUAAUAAGAAUGGUCGUCGCUGUUAAAGUAUUUAAGAAAACUACACCAAAUGGCAAAGUUACGGUUUACCUCGGCAAGCGGGACUUCAUUGAUCAUAUGGAUUACUGCGAUCCCGUGGAUGGAGUGGUGGUUGUUGACAACGAUUACCUGAAAGGAAGGAAGGUCUACUGUCAGCUCGUGACAACGUACCGCUAUGGUAGGGAGGAAGAUGAAGUGAUGGGAGUAAAGUUUUCCAAGGAAAUGGUGAUCGGUCAGGAGCAAGUUGUGCCCAUGAUCAACUCGAAGAUGGAGCUUACUUCGGUUCAGGAGAAACUCAUUAAGAAGCUGGGCCCUAAUGCCUAUCCAUUCACCUUCAACUUCCCUGAAAUGGCUCCUAGCUCGAUCACUCUGCAACCUGCUGAAGAAGAUCAGGGCAAGCCAAUGGGAGUGGAUUACUGCGUUCGAACCUAUGUGGCUGAGACCGAAGAUCAGAAGAGCCACAAAAGGAGCUCAGUGACACUUGCUAUCAAGAAGCUGCAGCACGCUCCUGCUAACCGCGGCCGUCGUCUUCCAAGCUCUCUCGUGAGCAAGGGUUUCACUUUCAGCAACGGAAAGAUCAAUCUGGAAGUGACCCUCGACAAGGAGAUCUACUACCAUGGUGAAAAACUGGCGGCCAACAUCAUAGUAUCCAACAACUCCCGGAAGUCGGUCCGCAACAUCCGCUGCAUGGUCGUUCAGCAUGUUGAGAUUACGAUGAUCAACUCUCAAUUCAGCCGUCAUGUUGCUUCACUGGAGAGCCGUGAAGGAUGCCCUAUCACCCCUGGAGCUAGUCUGUCAAAGACUUUCUACCUGGUGCCUUUGGCACGUACCAACAAAGACAUUCGUGGUGUGGCUUUGGACGGUCACCUGAAGGAAGACGAUGUGAACCUGGCGAGUUCGACCCUGGUGGCUGAUGGCAAGUGCCCGACUGAAGCCAUUGGUAUCGUGGUUUCCUACUCCGUGCGUGUGAAGCUGAACUGUGGAACACUGGGUGGCGAGCUGGUUACUGAUGUGCCUUUCAAACUUCUGCAUCCCGCUGAAGGCACUGUCGAACGCCAGCGUUUCAAUGCGAUGAAGAAGAUGCAGAGCAUCGAGAGACACCGCUACGAGAACUCUCUAUACACCAACGAGGAGGAGGACAACAUUGUCUUCGAAGACUUCGCUCGCCUCCGAAUGAACGAGCCGGAAUAAACACACUUUAAAAACUAACAAAAAAAUAGAAAAAUAUACUAAAAAUACAAAAAUAUUGUAACCAAGCAAGUGUCGACCAUGAAACUAUCCUCCUGUGUAUCUACUUUAUUUUUAUUUUUUACCAAUUUAUUUAUCAAUAUUUAUUUUUUUGCUGUGUCUAAAUUAUGUACUAGGUUAUCAUCUCAUUGUUAAAUGUAAUGUAACUACAUUUUGAGAUAAUAUUUAGUCAAAUUAGUUAAAAAAUACGUAUCUUACAAAUAUAUAACUAUUUAAUACAAGUAGGAGAAAAGAUUUAUUUAAUAUUUGUAUAACUUUUGGGAAAAUUAUAAUCACUUACCUUUCCUAAAAUUAUAGUUCCUUGAUUUUAUUUACAAAUAAACAUCACCAGAAA